AUGACUUCGCCAUACGCCACCAUCGUCGACAACAAGGAGUUCAACGCUCCAAUGUUCGCCGAGAAAAUCGAUCGAGCGCUCCGUGCCGGUGAUAAGGACGGUGUUGUCAGUGUGCUCACUUCCAUCUCGAAUGCUCAACGCCAGCUGCUCCGUGAGCCAUACAAACUCAAGUACGGAAAGGACCUCAUCACCGCGCUGGACAAGAAGUUCUCCGGCGAUUUGGAGAAAUGCAUCUUCGCUCUAAUGGACACCCCAUUGGACUACGAUGUCAAGCAGUUGAAGGCCGCUAUGAAGGGAUUGGGAACUGAUGAGGCUGUCCUUAUCGAAAUCCUGUGCUCCCGUACCGUAGACCAGCUCCGUGCCAUUCGUGUCACCUAUGAGAAGGAGUACGGUAAGGCCUUGGAGGCCGACGUCGCUGGAGACACUUCUGGAGAGUUCCGUGACUUGUUGGUUAGCCUUGUCACUGGGUCCAAGGACGGAUCUCAUGAUACCAAUGAUGCCCAGGCUAAGGAUGACGCCGUUCGUCUGUUCGCCGACGGCAAAGCCAAGCUUGCCAAGAAGGAUGGAACCCAUUUCCUUCACAUUCUCGCCACCCAGAACCAAUACCAGCUCCGCAAGGUCUUCGCCUACUUCCAGGAGCUCGCCGGUGCUUCCAUCGAGAAGUCCAUCGAGAAGGAGUUUUCCGGAGAUCUUCAGAAAUCCUACUUGACGAUCGUCCGUGCCGCUUCCGACAAGCAGAAGUUCUUCGCUCAACAGCUCCACGCCUCCAUGAAGGGACUGGGAACCCGUGAUAACGAUUUGAUUCGUGUGCUCGUCACUCGCUCGGAAGUCGACUUGGAGCUCAUCAAGAACGAGUUCGCCGAGCUCUACCAGAAGAGCUUGGCUGAUAUGGUCAAGGGCGACACCUCGGGAGCCUAUCGUGACGCUCUUCUCGCUAUCAUCAAUGGAAAUCAUGCUGUCGCUCAUUAG